CUGGGCGCUAGAGUCUUUCACCACGGGGUCCAGAAGGAAACUCUAAAAAGAAGCACUCGCCCGGCCCGCAUCCGUCCCAGCCUGGCGCAACCCUGGGUUGCGGCUCUCGCUCCUCUCAGGCCCCCAUGCAGGCCCCGCCCAGGAUCGGCUGUGCACACUCUCGCGAGGUUUGAGGCCGCGAAGUCGGCCCGGGCGGCUGCAGUAUGGCGGAGGUAGAAGGAGAGAGCCUGGAAUCCUGGCUGAAUAAAGCCACCAAUCCUUCUAAUCGCCAAGAAGACUGGGAAUACAUAAUUGGCUUUUGUGAUCAGAUCAACAAGGAGCUUGAAGGGCCCCAGAUUGCUGUCCGACUGCUGGCCCACAAGAUCCAGUCUCCACAGGAAUGGGAGGCAGUGCAGGCCCUGACGGUCCUGGAGGCAGGCAUGAAGAACUGUGGGAGGAGAUUUCAUAACGAAGUGGGGAAGUUCCGGUUUCUGAAUGAGUUAAUCAAAGUCGUCUCUCCAAAGUACCUGGGGGACAGGGUAUCUGAGAAAGUGAAGACCAAGGUCAUUGAGCUGCUGUAUAGUUGGACAGUGGCCCUGCCAGAAGAAGCAAAGAUCAAAGAUGCUUAUCACAUGUUAAAGAGACAGGGCAUAGUGCAGUCUGACCCACCAAUCCCAGUGGACAGGACACUGAUCCCCUCUCCACCAGCUCGUCCCAAAAACCCUGUUUUUGACGAUGAGGAAAAAUCCAAGCUUUUAGCCAGACUGCUGAAGAGCAAAAACCCAGAUGACCUGCAAGAAGCCAACAAGCUCAUCAAGUCUAUGGUGAAGGAAGAUGAGGCACGAAUCCAGAAGGUCACCAAGCGCGUGCACACCCUGGAGGAGGUCAACAACAACGUGAAGCUGCUCCAUGAGAUGCUGCUUCACUACAGCCAAGAGCACUCUUCGGAGGCAGACAAAGAGCUCAUGAAGGAAUUGUUUGAUCGGUGUGAGAACAAGAGACGGACAUUAUUUAAACUAGCCAGUGAGACAGAAGACAAUGACAAUAGUUUGGGGGACAUCCUGCAGGCCAGUGACAACCUCUCCCGGGUCAUCAAUUCUUAUAAAACUAUUAUUGAAGGGCAGGUCAUCAACGGGGAGGAGACUACCUCAACCAUGCCUGAUUCUGAAGGAAACAGCUACUCCAGUAAUCAAGGCACUCUCAUCGACCUUGCAGAGUUGGACACACCCAACAGUUCACCCCCAGUGUUGCCCCCAGCACCUACCGCGCCCUCUUCAGGCAUUCCUAUCCUCCCUCCACCUCCCCAGACCUCCGGACCUCCACGUAGCCGCUCCUCCAGCCAGGCUGAGGCCCCCCCAGCACCCAGUAGCACAAGCAACACACUCUCUCUGCUGGACGAAGAGCUGCUUUGCUUAGGACUCUCUGACCCAGCCCCCACUACUCUUCCCAAAGAGUCAGCUGGAAGUAGCCAGUGGCACCUGUUGCAGAGUGAACAAUCCAGCGUGGACUUCUUCAGCCCCAGGGUGGGGCCUGCUCCCUGCUCCUCGGAGGGGCCCUUGCUCCCACCUUCAGCUCUCCCAUCAAGCAAGUUCCAAGCUCCACUGCCAUCUGGCUUCCCAGCCCCUGUGGUCCCAGCCAGCACACCUGGCCCCAGCGCAGUCUCCUUCAUGUUCGCCUCCGGACUUGCCCCAGCUUUGGCCGCAAAGGCUGAGCAUGCAGCCCCUGAGUUCCACAACUCAGCACUGGGUGACAGCACCCUGAACCACCUGGAUGCCCUUGAUCAGCUUCUAGAAGAGGCCAAAGUGACCUCAGGCUUAGUGAAACCUGUUUCUUGCUUUUCCUCUGGGGCCACCACUUCUCCCCUGCUCCCCACCUCCGUUCCUGCCAGGCCUCUCCUGCCCAUUUCCACUGGACCCAGCAGCCCUCUUUUCCAGUCGCCGGCCUUCCAGUCCCAGGGCAGCCCCAUGAAGGGGCCCGAGCUCUCCCUGGCCAGUGUCCACGUGCCCCUGGAAUCCAUCAAGCCUAGCAGUGCCCUUCCUGUGACAGCGUAUGAUAAAAAUGGCUUCCGUAUCCUCUUCCACUUUGCCAAGGAGUGUCCACCAGGACGGCCUGAUGUACUGGUGGUGGUGGUGUCCAUGCUGAACACAGCUCCCUUGCCAGUCAAGAGCAUUGUGCUACAAGCUGCAGUGCCCAAGUCAAUGAAAGUGAAGCUACAGCCACCAUCUGGGACAGAACUCUCUCCAUUCAGUCCCAUCCAGCCACCUGCAGCCAUCACCCAGGUCAUGCUGCUGGCCAACCCAAUGAAGGAGAAGGUGCGGCUGCGGUAUAAGCUGACCUUUGUUCUUGGGGAGCAGCUGAGCACAGAGGUGGGCGAGGUGGACCAGUUCCCUCCUGUGGAGCAGUGGGGGAACCUAUGACCCCAAAAGCAGCGGUGAUCUCCACUUUUAAGCCAAGCAGGCUGCCCCAAAAUGGACAGGGAUCCAGUCUAAUCACUCAGCGUCCCGACAGCAGCACUUGUAGCUUUGACAUGGACCAGGGGCCCAGGGCACUUCAUUGGGAGCCAUCCCGCUGCUGUGAUAAUCUCCUCUGUGGGCCCCUAAAAGGACCUGUUUUUAUCUACCUGUGUGACUUGAAGUGGCCAUAUACUGUCAGGGGUGGAGCAGCCCCUGUCUGUACUGCUAUACUGGGACAGCAGACCCCAUCCCUGGAACAGGUUUUUCCCUGUGUCUGUGUCCCUGGUGCCUAGGGGAGGAGGCCAAAGAGAGGAAAGUCUUGGGUCCCUGCUCGAACUGAGUCCUCACACAGGCAUAGUUUGAGGCUGCAGCCCAUUGCCAGCCUGUGCUACCCCAACUGGCAGGUUCUGGUGCCACCUCCACGGAGGUGGGCAAAGCCAGGGACCCAAAGUGGGUUGAGUCUGUGGGCAGCAGCACUCUGGGGUGGCUACCAAAUGAGUUCUGCACUUGUCCCUGUGGGCAGUGAUGAACUGUGUCUUGUGGACAUCUCAGCUGGAUGUAGAACUCAGCCUAUCAGGAACAACCUGGCUUCAUAACAGCAACAAGCAGCAAUAGAAAAGGAAGAUGAGGGGCUGGGGAGAUGGCUCAGUGGAAUAAGUGCUUCUCGGGCCUGAGUUCAAUCCCUGGUUCCGCCAAAAAAAAAAAAGGAAGAUGAACCAGUUUUUACCUUUCAGAGAAGCAAGGGCUGGAAGCUCUUUGGGAAACGCGUGCCUCCUCUGUGCAGAUGGGCCACCCUAUUCACUACCUCCUGCUUGGCAUGAAACCCACUGUUCUCCUUCCCCUAGCAUCUGAGAGGAAGGACAACUCCCAGCAUUCUUUGGCCUCCUCCUGCGAGAUGUGUGCAGUAUGGCCCUCCUGGUUGGGCCUGGGAGGCCUCAGGGUCAAGCACACUGCACUAGAAUUAUGUCCCUUCGUGCUGCAUGGAAAUCCCCACUGUCCCCCAGCUACAGAGGGGUACUGCCGGUCAUUUGGCCUGGAGGUGAUGAGGUGGGAGAGUAGCUGUGCUUGAACCAAGCUCCCACACCCUGUUGUUCCAACAGUACUUGUCCCGGCUGCCCUGGACAAGGCACCCUGAGACUGACAGGCAACAGUAAAUGGAACUGCCCACUGCCACAGAAGCUGGGGAUGGGCAUGUGGACAGGCUCAAUUAGCCAGCGCCUUGGGAAAAGGAGGGUGAUAAGCCAGAGUCCCCAGCCAUCCUGCUCCUUCCCAGGUUUUCUUGCUCUAUCCAGAGGUCAUCUCGCCUUCCUCUUCCCCUCACUGCCUUUAGUGAGCAGGUUUCACUGCUUCAUCAAGACAGAUCAAAAGUGAAGGGUUUUCACUAUUAAAGAAUAAAUCCAAGAGCUUUCCAGAGACCAGCUGCUGCAGCUCUGCAGCUCUGGGAAUACCUAACAGAUUACUGUGUGGAAAAGUACCUUAAUAAGCUUUAGACAUUAAAAUUAGUUAUCAGUGUUACUCCUACUAUUGAGAUCCCUGCUUUGUGGCAAACAGCUGUACUAGAUGUACUGACUCUGCUGCCCUUGUUUUGCUGCAUGUUAAAUAAAACUAUUUUUACCCUAGUUGGAAUCCUUAUAAUAGACACCAUUCACCCCAAGGUAAAGUCAACACCUAUGGUGGGGUGGCUAGACG